AUGAGAUUUUUUGCCCAUGCUUUUGCCGCCGUUGCGGCCGUCACGCUGUUCUUAACAACCUCUGUGGCUCAGAGCGGGACUCCAGUGGCAUACACAGACCCGGAUACAGGCAUCACUUUUGAUACUUGGACUGUUUCAGAGACCUUAUCCAAGGGAGGGUUCACUUUUGGCAUCGCUCUGCCAUCCGAUGCUCUCACCACAGACGCUACCGAAUUUAUCGGCUAUUUGCUAUGUUCCUCGCAGAAUACUACCUCCACCGGUUGGUGUGGUGUUUCGCUCGGGGGUACAAUGACAAAUUCCCUUCUCUUGCUGGCCUACCCCUAUAGGGGAUCCAUUCUCACGUCCUUCCGUUACACCACAGGCUACCACAUGCCGGACGUCUACACCGGGAAUGCCGAGCUAACCCAAAUUUCGUCCACUAUAAAUGCAACACACUAUACCUUGAUCUUCAGAUGCUUAAACUGUUUGCAAUGGACCCAGGGCAGCGCGAGUGGAAAUGCCUCCACGAGCACAGGUCUGGUGGACUUAGGAUGGGCUCAGGCCUUCCCCGCUCCGGGGAACCCCAGCUGUCCCUCUAAUAUCACCCUCAAUUAUCACGAUAAUGGACACAACAUCUGGGCCGCUACCCUGAAAAAUGCGCCCAACACGUCAUACAAAGAUUGGACCGCGAUAGCCAGAACGACAGUCAAGGGAAGAUGCUCCACAAAAGCCGGACCAACAGCCACAUCGACCCCGGCUUCCUCGGGGCCAGUCCCAGCGGGAGCAACGACCACUCCAAAAUGA